GUUUUCAGCUAUAUGGCCCCAAAAAUAAAAGUACCUGCCAACUUUGGUGUAGAACACAUCAACUCUCCUGUACACGGAAAUCUGCUUCUGAAGUUGAGAGAUGGACAAGAGAUCAGAACUAAUUCCAUGAUCAUGUCCUACAACAGUCCUGUUAUUGAGAACCUCGCCACCAACCUGUUUCAGUCCACGCUAGAAAUGGAUGAUUUCACAAAGCCAGCAGUCGACUGUUUUGUUGAAGCGCUUUACUCUGGCGAAGUUGAUAAACUAGAAAAAGACAUCUUUGAAGAAGUGAAUAAGAUGGCACAUGUAUUCGAUGUGUCCUGGUUGACUAAGAGAUGUCUAAAGUUUUACAAAGCAGAGGUACUGAAGUUUGAGAACAACUCGUACGAAGAGAUUUUAUUUGCUUGCGAGAUAGCUAGCAGGGCGCAUUACAAUUUGAAAGACAGCAGAUAUGUCAGCUGCUUUGUGAGGAAUGUUACUUUCAGUGGUAACGGUAAAUUUAUCUUCUUACAGAGAUAUAUGGCUGGAUUUGCUGAGCUGUCAAAACGUCGGAUUGACAUGUCCUUAGCUAUUGCUGCUAACGAUCUGAACAUGAUCAGCAAUUGCCUUAUAUCCUAUGUUUCCCUAGCCUUAAAAUGCAAGGAAUUGGAUGAUAAUUCUCUGUACAUGCUUCAAAAGCUGGAUGUCCAGAAGUUUAGCCGUACUUUUCGCUCUGAAUUGAAUGAACUAUCUGACUUCCUUGCUGCUUUAUCUGAAGAUUCUGAAUGUGCUGAAAUGAAAGCGGUUGUAGAGAAGUUUGUUAAAAAUAAAAGGAUAAAAACUGAAGAGUCAAGUAGCUCUAAAGAAGAGCUAGAAGUUGAUGAAAAUACUGAAGAUUUUCAAGACAUUGAUGGUGAGGAUUGUAAAGAUGUUGCUAAUCAAACUGAGGAAAUAGAAUCAGGUUGGAUACAGUGUGUUAAGAGUACAUGGUAUACCCUGUCACACUACGAACCAGUACAGAUGAUAACUAAAACUACAGAAUCAGUGAACCAGAUUAUUGUGUGGUAUACUCUAUCUGGAGAAGAUAGAAGUAGUGAGAAAGAAAUUCUGAUUUAUAGAGCUGGAACCAAUCAGUGGAGUUAUUGUAUUAGGGGAUGUACUCCAUGGGGUGUCAAUAAACAGUUUCUAAAUAAUGUACCAGCUGAUAAAUUCAAACACUGGAUAAUAACCAAAACUUCUACACACCUAAAGGUUGUGUGUAACAGAGUGACAGUUCUCAAUUUCAACUUUGCUACUGACUACAAACCAGGUUCUGAGAAUAGUCACCAGGUUUGGUUGAAAAGGUGCACGAAUAUACGACUUGUUAAUGGUCAUGAUAAUUACUUGUUUUAAAUACAGGCGGUUAAUUUCUGUGUAUUAGUAAUACCAAUCUAACAUCUAAACUCUCAUUAUUACAGUGAAUAUUCUUUCAGAUUAAUUAUAGCAUUAUUGUAUCCAACAAC